UAGUUGCGUACCUACCGGCGCCGAGUAUGUCCGAUUAGGGGUCCACAUUGCGCUUCGGCCGUCCGUCCGUCAUAUUAUCGUCUAACGCUGAUCGUAACCGACGCGAAACACGUGUGUCGUCCGUCGGUCACUGUCAGACGUUAUCGUUGUUCGUUGUUGAGCGCGUUCUGAGUUUAUUAUUAUUUGUUUUUAUUGUUGAACGAUUUUAAUAUUUGUAAAAAUAUGUUUUUUUUAUUGUGACGAGUUCAACUUUUUUUAUUUUUGGACGGAACCCGCAAUAAACGAACGAUUGGAAAGGAGCUAACGUUACCGGCAUUUAAUUCUAAAAAAAAAAACAGAAUGUCUGAAAAAGAGAAAAAAGAAGUCGAACUUAACGUCCAAACGGGACUGGUCAUAAAAGAAACCCGGACGAUGUCGUGCACAAGAAUACUCAAUUUGAUGGUUUUGAUCGGGUUUAUGGUAAACUACAUGCUCCGGGUCAAUUUCACCAUCGCCAUCGUUGAUAUGGUGCCUAGCAAGAAUGACAAUAUUACCGCAUCGCCGAUAAGCUAUUUGCCAUCGUCUCUUCAGCAAAACGGCACCAACACGUCCUCGACGAAUUGGGUCCCUACCAAGCUGACAAAUGGCGUGAAGUUUAACUGGUCCGAGUAUGAGCAGAAUAUAAUACUUGGAAGUUUCUUUUGGGGAUAUGUCCUAACGGAAUUGCCUGGAGGCCGAGUAGCCGAAAUGAUUGGGGCUCGGACGGUGUUUGGUUAUUCCAUGUUGUUGGCGUCCAUGAUCACCUUACUGACACCCAUGGCAGCAAAAAUUGGACUAUAUUGCAUAAUAUUUUCUAGAGUAUUUUUAGGCUUUACAUUAGGAGUAACGUGGCCGGCUAUAUUACCAUUGGCCGCUAACUGGAUUCCGCCAAACGAACGUGGCAAGUUCAUGGCCAACAUGAUGGCUUCUUCUCUGGGUGCUGCUAUUACCUUACCAGUUUGCGGUAUUUUGAUAUCUAACUGGGGAUGGGAAUCAGUGUUUUACAUAACAGGUCUCGUAGGGAUUGCGUGGUCUGUGAUGUGGUUCACUUUGGUGUUUGAGAGACCCAGUGACCAUCCUAGGAUUACCGAAUAUGAAAAACAUUAUAUCGAAGCUCAAAUCGCUAAACAAAGCACUCCUGGAACGAAGCCGAAAAAACUACCUUGGGUGAAAAUUUUGACAUCGUUGCCAGUAUGGGCUAUUGCAAUCACACACGGUUGCAGCGUUUUCGGAUACUUUACCAUUGUCAAUCAGUUACCAACGUACAUGAAACAUAUGCUACACUUUAACAUCAAAACCAACGGGUUCCUGUCGAGUCUUCCGUAUUUAGGCAAGUACGUAUCGGCCCUCAUAGCCGGAAUAGUCGCUGACCGCAUGUUUAAAUCCGAAAAAUUAUCCAAGACUGCGAUUAGAAAAUAUUUCACUACCUUAGGUGUGUUAACUCCGGGUCUGCUGAUGAUAGUACAAGUGUACUUUGGAGACGAUCAAAUUUGGUCCGUGAUCGUAUUUACGGCUGCCAUGACGAUUAACGGAGUCAUUACUGGCGGAUACUUAGGGAACGGAUUGGACAUCGCACCGAAUUUCUCUGGUACGAUAUUCGGCAUAGCCAACACGAUGUCCUCGUUUGGUGGAUCUUUAUCAUCGUACAUCGUCGGUAAACUCACAAACAACAACCAAACUUUUGAACAAUGGCGUAUAGUAUUCUGGAUACUGGCUGUAACUUACACUGUCGGAGCGUUAGUGUUUUUGAUUUUCGGUACAGCUAAAACUCAAUCGUGGAAUUCUACGGAAAAUAAUCACAGCGAGUUUCAAGGAAACACACCAAUCGACCACGAAGCGACGAAACCGUUAAAAAACUCGUCUUCAUAAAACAUUUAUUUAUUGAGGACAUAUCUUUGUAACAAAGACAUAUUAUAUAAUAUCAUUUAUGUUAAUUAUUGUACAGAAUUAUUGAUAAUUUAUUGUUAAUUAUUAUUUUUUAAUACUCAUUACUACAUAUAUGUAUUGUUGUGUAUACUUAUUAUAUACAUAUAAUUUCGUUUACUUAUAUUACUCGUAA